AUGCGUCGCUAUCAAUCCUUCCCGUUCCUCGCCUCGGCACUAUUGCCCAGGGUCCUUGCUGGUCCUGGUCAGAAUCUCGACGCUAUCUGCAAAUCCACCGAAGGGACCUACGGCUGCGACGAGUACUUCCAGAUCCCGUAUGGCUCAGAGCCUAUCACAACAUGCUUCGACACUAGCCCCUGUGGCGUUCAAAUCUUGACCAACAACCGCAACAUUUGCGACAUUAUCGGAGAUGCCAUGGGCAACGAUGACUUCGUCGUCGGCUACCCAGCGUACUGUAGAGAGGCGCCCCGAGCUAUCAAGGAAGUCAAGACAGAACGCGCUGUAUGGGUGGACGGUAAACUCAAGGACGCCAAGUGGAUUGCUCUGGCUACUGCGAACAGCGCGGAAGAGAAGGAAUUCGCCAAUCGCGGCUUCAAGUACGACAACACGAAGAGCACUGUUCUUGCCAACCAACUUGCCAACAAGGAUGGAUGGGUAGUGCAGAAGGCAGCAGAGAUCAACACAAAGAGUUACUUAGACCUUGUCGAGCGCCUUAGCAAAUGCGAUCCUGGUGGAUGCUCCGGAGAAAAACUCGAGUCCGUCUUGGAAUGGUUUCUUGAGUGGAUUCCCAAGGGCACUGAGAUCAGGAAUGGCCAGAUGUCCAGGAUGCUCGCCGACUGGGAAAAGACCUUCGCUACACCCUACAAGAACCGAAUCAUGGCCAUCAAGAAUGCAGCUACCACUGUCCAAACGCGUGUCAAGACUGUUUCAACCAAGGUCGACUCGAUCAAGAAGAGCAUCUGUCAGAAGAACGCCUGCUCCGGCAAGACCGCUUCUACAUACCUCAACAAUGUUUCUGCAGCUCUCAAAGCCGUCAAGGAUCUCAACAACAUCAUCGCCGCAGCUAAUUCUGCCGACGAGAGGCGCAAGUUCAUAUAUUACAACUUCCUGGGCAACAUUCAGGCCGCCUACAAUCUUGAUGUACACAAUCUUGUCCCUAACUACCUUACUGAUAUUAUGGAUGAUGGAAGAUUCGACACGCUUCGAGGCAUCAUGCAUGGCUACGGUACUGUCACAUCUGAAAUCAGCAUGUAUGCCAACGACAUCAAGAGAAGCCUUACUCCUCUCAUUCUCCUCACCAAGCACGAGUCGAGAUCCCGUGAUGCUCUGAAGAAGGUCAACGCUCAGCUUACUCAGAACUGGAAGAACAACGCGGAGCUCUCCAAGACUGCGGCUUCACGCAAGGUUCGCGAUGGUUUCAUCCAGGUCCAGAGUCACCUCAAGAAAGAACUUCAAGGCUCCCUCACCACCCUCAUCAAUGCGAUCGAUGCUUUCGACAAUGAUUUCCUCAAGUUUCCUCUGCGAGGUAACAAGAUGGUGGUCGAGUGGGGAGCCGCUUCAUAUGAUCGCUGGUACAAUCUUGAGUUCAAGUAUCCUUGCAGGAAGGAAGUCACAAAGACAUUCACCGAGGCUGGAUUCUCAAAGGAUCACACUUGGCCUGUCUUCAGCCCCUGUACUUUCACUGCUCAGAAGAUUGAUAUGCCCAAGGGUUGGAUUCCAUAUAUUAAGUAUCGAUUUGUCAAGCCAUAA